AACUUUUUGGAUUAAUCUAUAGUCCUUCCUACCCUGCAGGCUCAGCAGGGAACCGCUGAGGGUGGACAAGUAUGAAGUCCCCCGGGAGUUACUGGAUGGAUGUUAUUUGAUUGCUUCUGUUCUUCCUGACCUGACUCACUCCUGCCAGCCUUAUAGGAGAACUCUGUAUUCUUUUGAAGAAAAGCAAGUCAGCUUGGCUCUUGUAGACAAAAAUCUAAAUGACCGAAAGAAGAUGGAAGACCAACAACUACUGUGCCCUAGGCUCAAUAGGCGACUGCUACAGGUGGAGGAGCAUGAAGUCCCUCAGGAGUCAUGGGAUGAAGCUGACUCGACUCUUCCGAUCCCUCCUGACCUGACUGACUCCUACCAGUCUGAUAUGAGGAGUGCCCUGCAUUCAUUAGAGGAACAGCAAGCCUGCGUGGCUCUUGACGUAGACAAAAUUAACAAGGAUCAAGAGGAGCUAGCAGACCAAGACCCACCGUGCCGCAGACUGAGGCAGGAGCUGCUAGAGGUGGAGGAGCAGGAGGUCCCAGAGAACUCCCUGGAUGAAGUUUACUUGACUCCUUUGGUUCCUCAUGACCUGUGUGACUGCCACCAGGCUUAUAGCGGCACCUUGUACUCACUGGAGGAUCAGCUCGCCUGCUCUGCUCUAGAUAUAGCCUCUCCCACCCAGGCAGCUUGUCCCCACGGGCCUUGGAGUGGAGACAUCGGCCACCACCUGUCAGAGAUGCAGGCUUCACAGGCACAGCCGGAGCCGAGAACCCUGGUGCCCAAUUCUUUGCAACUGCAGCUGGAUCAAGGGUUUGACUGUGGCUAUGGCUUAGCCAGGCGGGGCCUUUCCUCCACCACCUGCAGCUUCACAGCCAACGCUGAUCCUGGGAAGCAAUGGCCCUUCCAAGAGCUGGGUUUAGAGCCUCCUGGAAUGAAGAACCCUCCCCAGCUGGAAGGUGAUGCUCUUGAAGGCUCAACCGACAACACACAUGGGCAUCAAGUCAUUGGCCACAUUCAUGCCUCAAGUGUCCUAAAACCGAAAAUGAUCAAAAGAAAACUGCCGUUCAGCAGGUGGAGACUGGCAUGCAGAUUCCCUGGCCUGCAAGCUUAGAGUAGGAAAGUAAUCACAUCUAUGGCUCUUAGCGGCACUCACUCCUUAUUUCUCUCUGUCUAUGAUGACAGCUCAUUCUCCCACUGCUGUUCUCUUCCCUAUUUGUGGGUAUUGUCUGAGGCCCCUGCUGCUUCUCACGUCCAGGUUCUUCCCAUAGUCUGCUCUCCCGCUCCUUCCCAGAAGACUGGGACAUGGAGUUGUAAGGGGGUGGGUUUCUCUGCAAAGGGCCCUCUCCUUCUACAGCCCUCUGCUUCUGAGUGUGCAUGGUAGACGCUGAGCACAUCCUCUCUGGGAGGUGUGAAAAGCCAUCACUGCUCCGGACAAAGAGGAUCAGAACGAA